UUUUGCUGACAUAAUCUUUCAAUUGCUCUUCUUUAUGUUUUUGUAAUUUUUUGAUCUUUUGGGAGUUGCCAGUUGGGUUAUGUUUGGAACAAUACGAUGUUGUUGAAUGAUAAUGAUGAUGAUGACUUGGAUUGGCAACUUCAGUUUGACAGGGUUCUUGAUUUUGCUGGGUGCCACUGGUCCACAGGGUUGCAGAGAUUUUGUUUCUGACGAAAGAACAGAAAGGUUUCGUUCAGCUUCCUCCUUCUUUGUUAACAGGUGCAAUUUAGGUUCUUGUAAUUGGUAAUAUGGCGGUGGAGUACAGCCUGGAAGGCGACGCAGGUAGAAAUGAGGCCAUCACUUCAAAAGGCAAUGCAGAAGAAGAGAAUAGCUCUGCCACGAAUGGGGACCAACAAAACUCUCAGAAAAACAAAGGAGAUGAGAAAACCAAGACAGUUCCAUUUCUCAAGCUUUUCUCAUUUGCAGAUUCCACUGAUACUGCAUUGAUGAUUGUUGGCACAAUUGGAGCCGUUGGGAGUGGGUUAGGCAUGCCCCUUAUGACAAUACUACUUGGGCAAAUGAUCAAUACUUUCGGCAGUAACCAGAAUAACACCAAUGACAUCCUUCAUGCAAUUUCCAAGGUUGCUGUAAAAUUUGUCUACUUGGCACUUGGGACUGGUUGUGCAGCAUGCCUCCAGGUGACAUGCUGGAUGGUCACAGGGGCGAGACAGGCUGCAGGAAUAAGGAGUUUGUAUCUGAAAACUAUACUGAGACAAGAUGUUGCUUUCUUUGAUAAGGAAACAAAGACCGGAGAGGUUGUUGGGAGAAUGUCUGGUGACACUGUUCUCAUACAAGAUGCCGUGGGUGAGAAGGUUGGGAAAUGUCUACAGCUGAUAUCAACCUUCAUCGGGGGAUUUAUAAUAGCAUUUAGCAGGGGGUGGCUUCUUGCCAUCGUCUUGUGUUCUGCAAUUCCUCUUCUUGUGAUAGCUGGUGCCAUGGUGUCCUUGAUUAUAUCGAAGAUGGCAUCCCGUGGACAAAGUGCAUAUGCAAAGGCAGCAAAUGUAGUUGAACAAACAAUUGGUGCAAUCAAAACUGUUGCAUCAUUUACAGGGGAGAAGCAAGCUAUAACAAGUUACAGCAAAUUUCUUGUACAUGCUUACAAAUCUGGUGUUCAUGAAGGCUUAGCUGCCGGAGUAGGUAUUGGCACGGUUUUGUUUGUUGUGUUUUCCACCUAUUCGUUGGCUGUGUAUUUUGGUGCCAAGCUGAUACUACAGAAAGGAUACAAUGGGGGUCAAGUGAUAAAUGUGAUUGUCGCAGUCUUAACUGCUUCCAUGUCCUUAGGCCAGGCAUCUCCCUGCUUGAGUGCAUUUGGUGCUGGCCGAGCUGCGGCCUAUAAGAUGUUUGAGACUAUUGAGAGGAAGCCAGACAUAGAUGCUUUUGAUAAAACUGGGAAAGUAUUAGACGACAUUCAUGGAGAUAUAGAAUUGAAGGAUGUUUAUUUCAGCUAUCCAACCAGAUUGGAUGAGCAAAUAUUCAAUGGAUUUUCUCUUUAUAUCCCUAGUGGCAUGACUGCAGCUUUAGUUGGAGAAAGCGGAAGUGGGAAGUCAACAGUGAUCAGCCUAAUAGAGAGAUUCUAUGACCCACAAGUUGGUGAAGUUCUAAUAGAUAACAUUAACCUCAAAGAGUUUCAGCUUAAAUGGAUUAGGGGGAAAAUUGGUCUCGUCAGCCAGGAACCUGUGCUCUUUGGUGCCAGCAUUAAGGACAAUAUUGCAUAUGGAAAAGAUGGUGCAACUAUUGAAGAGAUAAGAGCUGCAACUGAACUUGCAAAUGCUGCUAAAUUCAUUGAUAAAUUGCCACAGGGGCUAGAUACCAUGGUUGGUGAGCAUGGAACACAAAUGUCUGGUGGACAGAAGCAGAGAAUUGCUAUUGCAAGAGCAAUUCUGAAAGAUCCACGAAUUUUACUACUGGAUGAAGCUACAAGUGCACUUGAUGCAGAAUCAGAGAAAAUAGUGCAAGAAGCAUUGGACAGGAUUAUGGUUAACCGAACGACUGUCAUUGUUGCGCAUCGUUUGAGCACGGUGAGGAAUGCUGAUAUGAUCGCAGUCAUUCACAGAGGAAAAAUGGUUGAAAAAGGCUCACACUCAGAACUACUCAAGGAUCCUGAUGGAGCAUUCUCUCAACUUAUACGCUUGCAAGAAGUAAACAAGGAGUCACAACAUGCUGUAGAUGAUCAAGUUAAUUCAGAAAUUACUUUGGAAUCUCUUAGACAGUCAAGUCUUCAGCGGUCAAGUCGAAGAUUGUCAAUGCCACAAUCCAUUAGUCGGGGAUCAUCAGUAAAUAGCAGUCAUCACUCAUUCUCAGUCACAUUUGGUGUACCCACAGGACUUGAUAUAACUGAUACUGCAGCGACAGAACUAGAUACCCCUUCAGUAGCACCAGAAAAAUCUCCAGAGGUUCCAAUUCGCCGCCUUGCCUACCUCAAUAAGCCUGAGAUUCCAGUGAUUCUAAUUGGAACAGUAGCUGCAAUCAUAAGUGGAGUGGUCUUUCCAAUUUUUGGUUUGCUAAUUUCCAGUGUAAUCAAAACAUUCUUCGAACAACCUCAUGAACUAAGAAAGGAUUCGAAGUUUUGGGCAGUAAUGUUUUUAGUCCUUGGUAUGGUAGCAUUUCUGUCAUCUCCAAUAAGAUCGUACUAUUUUGCUGUGGCUGGGUGCAAGUUAAUUGAACGUAUCAGAGCAAUGUGUUUUGAAAAGGUGGUUCGCAUGGAGGUUGGUUGGUUCGAUGAGCCUGAGAACUCAAGCGGUGCCAUUGGUGCAAGGCUCUCAGCAGAUGCAGCAACAGUGCGCGCUCUAGUUGGUGACGCACUAGGUCAAAUUGUUCAAAGCAUUGCGUCUGUGGUUGCGGGUUUAGCCAUCGCAUUUUAUGCUAGUUGGCAGAUGGCAUUUAUUGUCCUUGCAAUGGUUCCUUUGCUUGGAGUCAAUGGUUAUGUUCAACGAAGGUCCAUAAAAGGAUUCAGUGCAGAUGCAAAGGCAAUGUAUGAGGAUGCAAGUCAAAUAGCAAAUGAUGCAGUUGGGAGUAUAAGAACCGUUGCUUCUUUCUGUGCUGAAGAUAAAGUGAUGCAACUUUAUGAAGAAAAAUGUGUAGGCCCUGUGAAGGCAGGCAUAAAGGAGGGCUUGAUCAGUGGAAUAGGAUUUGGAGUGGCUAACUUCUUUUUGUUUAGCGUCUACGCGACCACUUUCUAUGCAGGAGCUCAGCUGGUUAAGGACGGAAAAACUACAUUCUCAGAUGUUUUCCGAGUUUUCCUUGCUUUGACCAUGGCAGCUACUGCGGUUACUCAAUCAAGCUCUUUUUCCAAUGAUUCUCAGAAAGCCAAGAAUGCUACUGCUUCUAUCUAUGCAAUACUGGACAGGAAGUCAAAGAUAGACCCAAGUGAUGAGUCCGGGAUGUCAUUGGAUGAUGUCAAGGGAGAUAUUGAGCUUCAUCAUGUAGGCUUCAAGUACCCAUCUAGGCCAGAUGUUCAGAUAUUCAGAGACCUCAACUUGGCUAUUCGUGCAGGCAAGACAGUUGCCUUAGUUGGAGAAAGCGGGAGCGGAAAAUCUACAGUGAUAGCAUUAUUGGAAAGAUUCUAUGAUCCCGAUUCUGGUCAUAUUACACUGGAUGGAAUUGAAAUUCAAAAGUUUCAAUUGAUGUGGUUGAGGCAGCAGAUGGGCCUUGUAAGCCAAGAACCAGUUUUGUUUAAUGACACAAUCCGUGCAAACAUUGCGUAUGGAAAGGGUAGAAAUGUAGAUGAGGCAGAGAUUAUAGCUGCAGCGGAAUUGGCCAAUGCCCACAGGUUCAUUAGUGGACUGCAACAAGGUUAUGAUACUGUAGUAGGAGAACGAGGGCUACAAUUGUCCGGCGGGCAAAAGCAGCGCGUAGCCAUUGCACGUGCUAUCAUCAAAAGUCCAAAGAUAUUACUACUAGAUGAGGCUACCAGUGCACUAGAUGCUGAGUCAGAGAAAGUGGUCCAAGAUGCAUUAGAUAGAGUCAUGGUGAACAGGACUACAAUUGUGGUGGCCCAUCGAUUAUCCACGAUCAAGAAUGCAGAUGUAAUCGCUGUGGUUAAGAAUGGGGUUAUUGUGGAGAAAGGAAGGCAUGAGACUUUGAUUAAUAUCCAGGAUGGAUUUUAUGCCUCCCUAGUGGCACUUCACUCAAGUGCUUCAACUUCUUGAGCUUGUUGAACCUCUUCCCCUUUUAAAAAUUUGUUGAAGAGUGGAAGGGAGACAUAAACAUGUAUGUUGUUUCCAUGGUUAGAUAACUGAAGGUUUUUCUGAAGUUCAUUGAUCUAACUU